UUCUCAUCAUUUCCUUCUGCCUUCCUUCUUCCUCCUUUCUCUGUGUGCUUGCCAGUUGCAGAGGUAGGAGGGUUGGUCGUGUUGUGUGGCUUAGAGGAUGAAGGAUUUCAAUUUGGAUUUAUUUGAUCCAGCAGAAACGGUGAUGGAGUCCUCCUCCUCUUCCGAUUACUCUCGCAGUGCUCCCUCUUCCGAUGCCGAUUUUGGAUUUGCGUUCAACGAUAGUAAUUUUUCCGACAGGAUCCUUCACAUUGAAAUCAUGGCUGACCUCGAUGAGGCCUCACCUAAUUUUGAGGGUUGCACCACAAUUCUCGACUGGGUUCGCCAUCGCAAAAGGAGACGCGAAGAUGUCCAGAAGGAUAAUGUUGUUGAUCUUACUUUAUCCGACGAACAAAUUUUGAACGAGAAUCAACCUGAUAUGGAAGACUUUAUAUCCCUCGAAAAUCAAGAUGAAGAGGCAAUUGUUAUGGGUGAAGAGUCCUCUUCAGGUGAUGAACCCACAAAUACCAAUGAUUCAAAUUGGAAUAUGGAUUGCUCUACAGUUGCGAGAGUUAGAACACUACACAUCAGUUCUCCUAUCUUGGCAGCUAAAAGUCCUUUCUUCUACAAGCUUUUCUCAAACGGAAUGAAGGAGUCAGAACAGAGACAUGUCACUCUGAGAAUUAAUUCUUCUGAGGAAGCCGCUCUUAUGGAACUUCUAAAUUUUAUGUAUAGUAAUACCUUGAACGUUUCUUCAGCACUUGAAAUAUUAGAUGUGUUGAUGGCCGCUGACAAAUUCGAAGUUGCUUCUUGCAUGAAGUUUUGUAGUCGAUUAUUGCGAAUUAUACCCAUGACACCUGAGUCUGCAUUGCUUUACCUUGAGCUUCCAUCUAGUGUCUUAAUGGCUGAUGCAGUUCAACCAUUGACCGAUGCAGCAAAGCAGUAUCUUGCCGAUCGAUACAAAGAUAUAACGAAGUAUCAGGAAGAGGUUUUGAGCUUGCCUUUGGCAGGAAUAGAUGCAAUAUUAUGUAGUGAUGAACUCCAGGUUGCAUCAGAGGAUGUUGUGUAUGACUUUGUGUUGAAGUGGGUUCGAACACAAUACCCAAAAGUAGAAGAAAGGAGAGAAGUUUUGGGUACACAACUUGCUCGAUUAAUUCGUUUCCCAUAUAUGACCUGCAGAAAGCUUAAGAAAGUGUUAACGUGUAAUGACUUUGACCAAAAUGUUGCAUCCAAGCUUGUUCUUGAAGCUCUUUUUUUCAAGGCUGAGGCUCCACAUCGUCAGCGGAUACUAGCUGCCGAGUCUGCUUCCAACAGUCGACUUUUUGUGGAACGGGCAUACAAGUAUCGUCCUGUUAAGGUGGUGGAAUUCGAACUUCCAAGACAACAAUGUGUGGUUUACUUGGAUCUGAAGCGGGAAGAGUGUGCGAAUUUGUUCCCAUCUGGGCGAGUUUAUUCGCAGGCAUUCCAUUUGGGUGGACAAGGGUUCUUCUUAUCAGCACAUUGCAACAUGGACCAACAAAGCUCUUUCCAUUGCUUUGGUUUGUUUCUAGGAAUGCAAGAAAAAGGGUCAACUAGCUUUGCGAUUGACUAUGAGUUUGCUGCCAGGUCAAGGCCAACAGAGGAAUUUGUUAGCAAGUACAAAGGAAAUUAUGUAUUCACAGGGGGGAAGGCUGUUGGAUAUAGAAACUUGUUUGCUAUUCCAUGGACAACAUUCAUGGCUGAAGAUAGUUUAUACUUUAUCAAUGGUAUACUCCACCUUAGAGCUGAACUUACCAUCAGGCAUUGACAUGGAUUCAUAUUUGUAAAUUUUUUUGUUUUAGCUCUUAGCUUUAAUCUCUCUUUUUUUUCAUGUUUCUCAUCUUUAUGUUAAUUUGUUGUAAUAUUGACUAAUAUAUAAU